AUGGCCCAAAGCGGCCUUUCAGAUGAGCGGCUCGAUCAACUUCUUCGACAGUUCUGGGAAGUGGAAACCUGCACCGAUCCGAUUGUGAAGGCGUCAAAGGAAGAACUGGAUUGCGAGAGCUACUUUGUUAAAAACUGCGUGCGGUUAGAAGGUGGUGCCUAUACAGUCAGGUUACCAAUUAAACACAACUCGAAUUUAUUGGGUGAUUCGUACUCACAGGCUCUACGUCGCUUCCAGUCGUUGGAGAGGAAACUGUCUCAUCAGCCCGAACUGCGCACUCAGUAUUCGGUCAUAUGUCCCUGGUUCCGCCGGAGUUGCAUCAAGAUUGCAAAUAUUUUCUGCCACAUUACUGUGUGCAAGAAGGACAGCACCACGACGAAACUUGGAGUGGCGUUCGACGGUUCCGCUGUUACCACUUCCGGUUAUUCUUUGAAUGACAUAUUAAUGGCUGGGCCGGUCAUCCAACCUAAGCUUUUUCACAUCCUGCUGAGAUUUCGUUCGCAUCCGGUAGCGCUGACUGGCGACAUUUGUAAGAUGUACCGUUGUGUGAGGAUGGCGUCAUCUGACAGCUUCUUGCAGUGCAUUCUGUGGCGAGAUUCCUUUCUGAAGGAGCUACAAACAUAUAAAUUGGACACUGUAACAUAUGGAACAAAGCCUGCGUCCUAUACAUCCGUGCGAGCGAUGCACCAAUUGGCUAAGGACGAGGUGAAAGACUUUCCAGUGGGAUCCGAAAUCUUGCUUCGAGAUUUUUAUGUUGAUCAUCCUAUUUCUGGUGGCAGCUACAAGGAUGAGGUUGUUGGCAUUUUAGGGCAGAUUUCAGCGCUUUUGUCCAAGGGCGAAUUUCAGCUGCGGAAAUGGUGCUCCAAUGUCCCUAGCGUGUUGGACGGCGUGCCUAAAGAGGAUCGGGAGUCUUAUCUAACUUUUGAUGACGGCAGCAACUUCACGAAAACGUUAGGAUUGGCUUGGGAUCCUUCCACAGAUCAGUGGCUGCUUUCGUUUUCUUCUCUUCAGCCCACUUCGAAGCCGUCUCGACGUUCUGUCCUGUCAUCAAUAGCGCGGUUAUACGAUCUGCUGGGCCUUGUUGGUCCAGGUGUUACUAAAGCAAAAAUAUUCUUGCAGAAGCAAGCAUCUUUCUUGGGAUGA